AGCAUUUGGCUGAAGCCAAGAGGCAAAGUGCCAAUGUGGGAGCUCUUUGAGCAUGGACGCGUUCAGAAGCCCCUUCGGAAGAGGCCCUAGCCUAGGCAGCACUGAGUGGGUGGAGAAUCUGCAGCUGCAGCUCGGCGGUGCCUUCACCUGGGCGACUGAGGAGUCUGAGGAUGGCUUCACCAUCAAUACCCAGCGCUAUGAGAUCAAUGCCCUGCUAGGCGAGGGAAGCUUCGGCUCCGUGUACCGAUGUACCGUGGAGGGUCAGCCCACGGCGGUAAAGAUCCUCAGCACAGAGAGGAUCGCCAUGAUGACCAAUUGCUCGCAGGACAUUGUUCUCCGGCGCAUGCUCCAAGAAGCUGAGAUCUUGGGGUGUUUGGGCGGGCACCCCAACAUCGUGCAGCUGCGCUGCGCCGCGGUGUCCAAGCAGACGCUGCGGAUCUACAUCGUCAUGCAGCUCCUGGAGUGCAACGACCUCUUCACGGAGAUGUUGCGAAGGCGAAAGCCCUUCACCGAGCACGACGCGCGGGAGGCGUUCAACCAGCUGGUUAUGGCUGUGGUGCACUGCCACCGGCGCGGCGUAUCGCACCGGGACAUCAAGCUGGAGAACGUCAUGGUGGCCAGUCUGAAGCCUUUUGUCAUCAAGCUUAUCGACUUUGGCCAGGCAGUGAUGCAAGACCAGCAUGUGGAGCAUCAGAUGCGAAGCUAUGCCAAGACGCUGACCACCACUUCGGUGUACACCCCCCCAGAGGUGCAGGAAGCCAUCACUGGCAACUUGAACUACGAUGCCUUCAAAUUGGAUUGCUUCGCCUCCGGGGUGGUCCUGUACGCCUUGCUGUUGGUGGCCUGGCCACAGACCGGCAAGCCCGGGGACUUCGAGAAGCACCCGAAGUGGGCCAGCCUCUCCGAGUCAGUGCAAGAUCUGAUUCGGGGCCUUUUGGAGCCGGACCCGCAGAAGCGGCUCACCAUGGCGGAUGCGUCGCAGCACCCCUGGCUGAGCGCGCGAGGCGCUUCCCUCGCUCCCAGCAGGAGCACGCGGUCCAUGACUCCGUUGGACCGGGAGAACGAGAUGCAGCUGCUGCUGGAGACCCAGAACUUGAGCAAGGCCCUGCAGCGCGAGCGCGGGGCCAGCUGCUGGCUGGUGAGCGGCAGCACCGAGGCGGAGAACGUCUGCGUCUGGUUCCGAAAAUCUACGGAUGAUUGCUACCGGCGUCUGGAGGAGAAGCUGGCCUUUGUGCCCGAGUGCAGCGAUUUGUUUGGCCAGCUGGCGCAACUGCACCAGGCCAAUGAGACUUUGAGAGAGCUCUGCCGCAACUCCCGGCAGCUCAGCCUGGUGCAGCUUUUUGACGAGGUCUUCAGCGGCUACUGCCGGCUGAACCAGGACUGCAUCAGGCUGCUGGGGAGCUGUCUCGAGAUCAUCCGGAGUCAGGAAGGUGUGUCGACCGUCGAGCUGAGGCUGAGGAUGUUGAUGGACAUCUCAGAGCAGCUGGGAAGAGAGCGGGGCUUCAUCGCCUUCUACAUGGGUCGGCCCGAGCUGCUGCACACGGUGGAGACCCAGCUCCGCUUCGCGAAGAUCCAGGGCUGCAGGCAGUACCUAGUGGGCAGUACUGCGCCUCACAUGCAGUCUGAGGUGGUGUCCACUGCAGGCGGCCUCUUGCCUAGCCUGAGGCUGACAGAGGCGCCAGUGCUGUCCACCUCGGAGCUGGAGGCGGUGGAGCGCGCGGAGAAUGCCGUGACCGCGGGGCAUACCGACACUUCGGAGUGGUUCGCAUUUUUCACCGGCAUGAUCGACAAGGUGCAUCAGAACGUGAGCAUGGCGGUGGUGAGCUUCAUCCAGGAUCUCGGUGCCAGCGGUCGCAUCGAGCUCCCGGAGCAGGGCAACUCGGUGCCCUCCAUCUCCGCGUCCUCGGAUGCCAUGCACUCCACCCACACGCCCAUGGGUCUCGACUCCUCCCGCGGCAGCAGGGAGACCAUGGGCAUGGCCGUCUUGGGGACCUUGGACGACGAGGGAAAGCGCCAGUAUACUCCCAGCAGCGUCAAGUCGGUGAAGAGCGAGGUGAAAUCCAUCAGCUCCAGCGUGCCGCCCUUCGAGAAGCCAGACUACUUGUCGCUGCUGCAGGCGGCUGCGCGGAAGUCCCCCAAUGAGGACUUCCUGCGGAGCCUGCGGCCGAACCGGUCCCUGCUGACGCAGAAGGAGCAGACUCCGGUGAAGCUGAUGCCCUUCAACACCCCGGACCCCACGCCCAUCCACCCGGGGAUGUUCGGCGGAGGUGGCUUGGGCCUGGCGGGCUACAACCUGGCGCAGCACCUGCUGAUGCAGCCAGCAUGCCCCUCCCAGCCCAUGCAGGUCCCGGUGCAAGACCUGCGCGCGCCGAGGGCCACGGUGGUGCCGCCGAGCGGCGCCAAGAAUGUCAUAAUCUCCAGAGGCACGAUCGGACAUCCGACUUCCUGCCGGGGAUUGGGCUGCAAGUUCGCGUCCAAGGAGAGGGGCUGCCGCGAAGGCUCUGAGUGCCCGCGCUGCCAUCUCUGCGUUUGGAGCCGCGCUUCAGAGAAGGCCGCGGAGAGAGCGGAGACCUGAGGUCCCGCCGAGGCAGGAGACUGGCGCUUGGUCCAAGAACCAGUGGCCAGCCCGCCCAGCCAGCGGCCUUGCCGGCCUUCCCUUGAAAGGCCGUGAUUUCAGGUAACUCGAGUUGGUGGUUUUGGAUUGGUCUUUUCAAGUUGGGGGUCCCGCUUUCUUGUGGUGCUUUUGGGGUCCACCGAAUCACCAAACCACCAACUAGAGGGAAUCUGAUGAUUGCGCUUUGCUGCGGACGGCAGCUUCUGCGCGUGGAAGAGGUUGACUUCCGCUGGGAGCCAGAAUGGCUCGUUGAAGCUUUCCAGAUCAAACAUUUCCAUGCACUAGUGAACGGCAGUUGCACCGAGCACGAAAUGGAACUGCUGAAUGAUGCAUUGCCUUCGUUUUGCUGAUGUGCCCACUGCCUUUUUUGCCCGAAGAACUAUGAGGCCUCGGUGCAGGCAGUUCAUCACCUGCCAGGCCACGAAUAAAAGUGGCCGGUGCGCGUGUGAAUCAUCCGCUCGGUUUUCCUGAGGAUCGGUGUGUGGUGAUGGGUUGGUGAACCA